UGCCAGUGUGACGUCUAAUGUAGAGGACGGGACACUUCUUCAACAGGAACAACAGUUAGUCGGCCACCUCCGUAGCCGAAAACAUUAAAUGUUUUUAGGCUGUUUUGAUGUACAUUAGUCACUGUGUUUUAAACAUACUUCUGUUUUGUCUACUUGCUGGUCCAUUUAAUGUAUUAUUUACGUUGUUUAUCAGGUAGCUGGCUUGCCAAAUUAGUUGUGCACUACGCUAAUCGCUAAUGCUAAGUAGCUAGCUAGCUAACAUCCCCGGCCAUGAGUUCACUAAACUACUCCACUCCUGCUAAAGAAGAGGAGGCUCUCACAGUUAAACAAGAAGUAGAAGAUGAGGCUUUUACAGUGAAAGAAGAAGAGAAAGAAGUUACAGUGAAAGAAGCUUUCGAAGUGAAAGAGGAGGGGGAGAUUACUUUCACGUUGAAAGAAGAGGAAGGCGAGGAAGAGGAGACGGGAGAUCUGGGUAAAACCAGAGAGCGACCAGACUCUCACUCUGACAGCGGGGAGAGUCAUUCAGGGGAACCAGACCCAGAGACAUCCAAAUCAGCGAGACCUCACCACUGCUCCCAGUGUGGAAAAAGUUUUAUCCGAUCACAGCAACUGAAAUCACACAAGAGAACACACACAGGAGAAAAGCCUUACCACUGUUCCCAGUGUGGAAAGUGUUUUACUCGGUUAGAUUACCUGAAAAGUCAUAAGCAAAUACACUCUGGAGAGAAGCCUUACUCCUGUUCCCAUUGUGGAAAAAGUAUUAGGUGGUUAGGGACUCUGAAAUCGCAUGAGCGAAUGCACACACAAAAAAAGCUCUAUCAAUGUUCCUUGUGUGGAAAGCGGUUUACCCAGUUAGAAGCCCUGAUUAUGCAUGACAGGACACACACAGGAGGGGAUAAGACCUACCACUGCUCCCAGUGUGGAAAGAGAUUUAAUUGGUUAAGGCACCUGAAUAAGCAUGAAAGAAUACAUACACAGGAGGAGAAGACAUACCACUGCUCUCAUUGUGGAAAGGCAUUUUCCCAGUUAGAGGACCUGAAAUCACAUGAGAAAAUAGAGAGGUUGUGUUCUGACUUGUGUUUUUGACCUAUAAUUUGUGUUUUUGUUUAAUCCUCAUGAAAUCAAAUUGUAAAUAUGAAACCAGAAUAAGGUUCCUGUUGUUUCGUUUAGAGACAUGAUCAUGUCUAAUAUCAGAUGUCUAUUGGGUUUUGAUGAUGAGCUUUGUUUGAUUUGAUACAAGUAUAAACCCUCUGUUGUUCGUCAUAUGCUUUUCAUAUUGCAAAAUGUACAUAAUUAUAUAAGUAUGUAGCCUUUCACAAGCCUUUAUUUAUUAUGGAUCCCUGUUACUCUUCCUGGGGUCCUGCAAAAUUAAGUCAGUUCUACAUUUUUAAAACAUCACAAUACAUUCAUAACAGAUUUCACAACAUAUUAAGAGUGUGCCCUCAGGCCUCUACUCUACUACCACAUAUCUACAACACAACAUCCAUGUGUACGUGUGUGUACAGAGCACCGACUUUCCCAGUUGUUUUAAACGUCCCAUUAUUCCACCAUGAGAAAACACAGAUUUGAUUAAUGCAACAUACUUUUCUGGAUUAAAAUAUUCAUAUCUUUCAACUGUGUUAGCCACUAGUGGACGUUCAUUAUAUACAUCUAUGUAUUGUUACACCAUGCAGGAGGAGUAAAGACCUAGUCUGUUCAUUUUAAUAUUAUCUGUUAGUCUACUUGAAUUAAUAUGAAAUUGCCUUAUGCACAGUUCAGAUGCUAAAUUUAUGGCGAUUUGAACUGAAUAGAAAAAUAACAACAGUAAACAUGUUGACCCCCAUGAAUGAUGCAGCGCCCCCUUUGGCCAAUCAGUGUAAUUUAGCAAAUGCCGGAUCUAUGGAAAAACUCAUCAUUCACCCAAGUUACGUCAAAGUUAGGCCAGUGGUCUCUGAGAUAUUUUUGGGGUUAGCUAGACUCAUAUCCCUGAGCAUGUGUGCCAAAUUUCAGCACUCUGAGUCAAACAGAUAAAGAGAUAUAAACAUGUGCCCAUUAUAGCACCACCGUGUAGUUGAUAUGAAUGUUCUUUAAUAUAUUGAGUCUUGACAGUGUC